AUGCAAAAACUUGUUGGACUCUGGACUGCCGUGAGGGCAAGGAGAACGGCGGUGAGAAGUGGAUCCAGGCCUGGGCCCUGGAUCCAUUUUUUCAGCCAAACUGUGGACAAAGUGAGCGUCGAAUGGUGGGCAGUGAACUCUGCCAGACGGCCGCAACGGCAUGUAACGGGCAACGUAUCGCUUGAGGUGAAGCCCACAGUGCUGGUGACUGGAUGUUCCGGCUACGUGGCAACGAGUGUCCUUCGAAAGUUGGUCUCUGAUGGAUACAAGGUCCGUGGUACCAUGCGAUCCGUGGACCCUAGUGACACCAGGGUGGCCAUGAUGAAACGAAUCUUCCCUCAAGUGGAGUUGGUGGAGGCUGAUCUGCUGGGUGGAGAGGACAGCUUCGCCAAGGCCAUGGAAGGCUGCAAGUACGUGAUUCACACUGCCUCGCCCUUCAAGCUGGAUGCCAAGGACGUCCAGACGGAGUUAAUCGCCCCGGCGCUCAAAGGCACCGAGGCAAUGCGGGUCUGGAGUGAGGAGGACUGGAAUGAUGACGAGCCAGAUGGCCCGUACACAGGCUACAGGGUUUCCAAAACCUUGGCUGAAAAGAAGGCAUGGGAGUUGUCCAAAGAGUUGGGCAUCGAGCUGGCGGUCUUGAAUCCUGGCUUCGUGAUCGGGCCUAUGCUCUCAGCACGAAAAGAUGGUGAGUCUGUGCAGUUCAUCCAGAACAUGCUGGACGGCACCAUGAAGGAGAAGGCCAGUGCCAACGGUCGCUCGAAAUCGUCACCGAUGUUCGCGACCUUGCCUUGGCGCAUGCCGGUUCCAAUGAUGUCCAACGCAAGACUUCUAGCGGUUCGAGGGGAGACAAAACAAGCGAAAAGGUGGAACCACGUGGACGUGGUUCCCAAGAGGAAUACAGCGAUCAGUAGCAGGCCAUGCAUUACGCACAAGGCUUUGAAACUGUUGCUCUUCCCAGUAGCUGAGGCCAAGAUGGCAUCUCUACUUGGCGAUCGCUUCAAGGCGUAUCCGCUUCCCACGGAGACCCAGGAAACGGAAACCGAAGUAAAGUUUAACAACAAGCGGACCAAGGAAGUCCUGGGCGUCAACUUGCGUCCGGUUGAGGUCUCCUUGCGAGACAUGGCAGCUACUGCGCUGAGGUUCGUCAAGAAAGCGGCCAAGGGCUUCGGCAAGGAGGGCAGAGGUGGAGACACGAUCACGGAGGCUGUCGUUGGUGACUCGACUGGACUCGUGACGCUCCGGCUAAACAGUGAAGAGAUAAAGGCACUGGGAGCCGUUGGCGAUGUGGUCGAGAUCAGGAAUGCCGCCGUCAAAAUGACGAAGGCAAGGAUGCUGUGUGGAGAGCCCUUGAUGUUUUCCGCGUGUAUGUCCAGUACUUCGGGCACCACGAAGGCUUCACAGGAUGGAGCAAUGCCGGUCAUCGAAGUCAGAGCCGCGCAGGUCACUCAUCCGACAGGUGAUCCAAAGUUUUCCGUCAUGCAGCCUUUCCCAGCGGGGAUUUCCGAGAGGGACGCAGAUCCAUUUCUGAUGUGUGACGAAUUUGGGCCUUCGGUCAGCUCGGGCGUGGAGACGAAUCCUGACAAAUUCCCCGUGGCGUGGCACCCACACAUGGGCAUGGACAUCAUGACCUACAUGCGGGAAGGGUAUGGCAGACAAGCAGACUCUCUCGGAAACCGCGAGACGUUCCAGGGCCCAGGUUUCCAGUGGAUUAGCGUUGGCAGUGGCAUUGAGCACGCCGAGGGUGGAGGCACACCAAAAGGAGAAGUGCAGCAUGGCUUCCAGAUCUGGCUGAACGUGCCAAAGAAGCACAAAGCAGAUGAUCCCGAUUAUGGGACCGUGGACGAGAAGCUGUUGCCAACCUUCGAGCUGGAGGGUGGCGUGGGCCAUGCACGUCUGCUCGCAGGUCCUUACAAUGGCCAGGCAGGUGCUUUCAGAACGAAGCAAAGCGUGCAAAUGAUUGACUUCGAGAUCCUGCCUGGAUCUGCACUUUGCCAUUCAAUCCCGGACGGCAUGAACACAGUUCUGGUAUACUGCUACAAAGGAGAAUGCCGAGUCGGGGCAGAGGGCAAAGCGCUCCCUGCUCAGCAUGUCGCUCGCCUAGAUGCCAAUAGGGCAUCUGACAGGAGCCUGCUGCUGGAAGCAUCAGCGAAGGAUGGUGCAAGCUGCCUGUUGUUUGCCGGCACGCGCAUCAAUGAACCGAUUGCUUGGCACGGGCCUUUCGUGGCAACGGACAAGAAGGAGCUCAUGCUGGCCUUCCGCGCGUAUCAGGUGCGAAGGGACCGUGGAAUGCUCUUGCAAGGACAUCAAUCUGCCAGCCGAUGCAUCGUGUCGCCUAUUCCUGGACACAUGAUGGAAUGGCGAUGCGCACUUGACAACCGUGGCGCGUCGGAUCUGUUGUACAGCCAAGUUACAGCGGCUGGGGUGGGCGGGGUGGCCAGGUGGGGCAAGGUUGCCAAACAUGACGGCGACACCACCGUGACUCCGAACCAGGUCACCCUUGCAAUUUUCGAGGUUGCGAGCAGUAGCAUCAUCAUGAACUCUCAUGAUCUCACCCCUAGUGGGCAGCUCUAUGGCAUCUCUUACCAAUUCGUGGACAGAACGCAGACCUGGAGCCCCUCGCAGGCGGACAUAAGAUCUCGGCGAGCUGUGCUGAUCAGCAUUCGUUGGAUUUGGUUCUUCAACUCGUGGAUCAAGUGCAUGUCGGGCGUGCCCUUGGUGGAAGCUCUGAGCCAGUGGCACUGGAACAACAAUUGCUUCCAUGACCACGUUCUGCAAUUCGCGAAGAACCAUGAAGCGAGUCUGACAUCUGCCGAUACGGAACAUUCUCAUGAAGUGUAUCUCCUCCACAAAGAGUUCAAGCAUCAACUUGAGGGCUUUGUUGCGAGCUUCCUGGACCACUACGGAGCAACAUUGCAAGAUUUGGAGGUUGCACUACAGGAAGCACAGUCUUCUGACGACCUUUACGUCGCCAUGAGCUCCGAAGUCGUCCGAGAAGAGCUGUUUGCCUUGCUGGACUAUGAGUCAUUUCUUGGAACCAUGCUGCGUGCUGUAGCAAUGGAUGCAGGCAUUGAUGCAGGAUCACCAAUGCCAAUGCACGGCCCUUCCGGUCCAUCAACCUCGCUGCAUGAUGGACAGGGCUUGCAUACUGACACAAGCCAGCCACAAGCUCUGGUCACUGGACAAGAUGUCUUCUACCAGGGAUGUAAGGAGCGACGUGGUGACUUCCCUCACUCUCCUGGCAUCGGUUCCGACCUUGCAGGUCGCAUCAGUGUUCUGGUGAGAAGUGGCGGCGACCACAAGGAGCUGGAGAAUGGCCUCUACAUCCCGGGUCCGGCGGAGGACAGCGACGACUCCAGGGAGAGGCUUCCGCCGGCGCGCGCGGAGACGCGAGAUCCGCACCGGCCCACAGUGACGCAGCCCUUCUUCCCUCCGCCCUCGCCGGCGCGGCGGCCGACGUCGGGUAGCGUCAAGGCACAGGCCCCUCCGCCCCGGAUCAUGGACGUGGAGCGGCAGAACUCUUCGGACGAGGAGCUGAACUUCAUCGACGAGGUGACCCCUCCGGCCGCGCGCAAGCUCGACCAGGUGGCAGCAAGGCAGCCGAAGGCUGUUGAACAGCCCUUCGCGGAGCCAAAGAGGCCUUCGCUGCCUAGCUCCGCCAGAGACGUGGCGGCGCAGCCUCAGGAGUCGCAACCUCCCUCCGCGCCGGUGGCCUCCUCCGCUGAGACGCUUGAAAGGCCCCGCGCCUCGGAAACAACGGCGCCGAGCACAUCAGGAGCCACCGCCGCAUCGGUACCGGAGGUGCUGACUCCCAAAGAGCGGCCUCCGAACGUUCAGCCGACACCUGUUGCUGACCCGACGCCUGCCGUUGAGCCGACACCUGUCGUUAAGCCGACACCUGUCGCGGCGCCCACCCCAGUGGAGGCGGCCCCGGCCCGUGUUCCAGCCGAGCCGCCCAAGAAGGAGGCUGAGAUCGUCCGCAUCGACUCAGACGAGGAGGAUGAGGAGGAGUCGUCUGAGGAGUCUGAAACCUCCGGAAGUGAGGAGGAGUCGGAGACCUCCGACGCCAAGCCGACGCACGAGGCGCCAGCGCGUCGCAAGUCCACCUCCUCCGAGGUGCGCGACAUCCUUGGCGGUCUCGUCCCCAGCGAGGAGGACACCAGCGAGGAGGAGGACGUCGCCAAAGCGGCCCCCGCGGCCCCCGUCCGAGGGCGGGCUGAGAGCCUGAUGAGCAAGGAGUAG